AUGCUCUUCUUAGUGGUGCUGCUAACAAACCUACUGCUGGCCACUGGGAUAUCAGGAAUAUCAGGAUCAUCGAGUCCUUUGCUUCAGGAGUCAUCAGCUUCCCGCUGCAGCCUUUUUGGGGCUGACCACAUCAAAACUUUUGAUGGCUCCUUCUACAGCUUUGCUGGGGACUGCAGUUACCUCCUUGCUGGGGACUGUCACAAGCGCUCCUUCACGCUCUUAGGUGACUACCAGGAUGGGGAGAAAAUUGGUUUCUCUGUGUACCUUGGAGAAUAUUUCAACCUUCGCUUUUCUCUAGAUGGAAAGGUGAUGCAGGAAGACAAAAGGGUUUCCAUACCUUUUGCCUCCAAUGGCAUAUUUAUAGAGAAGGAAGCAGGUUAUUAUAAAAUAUCCAGCACUGAGCAUGGCUUUGUGGUGAAGAUUGACACCAGUGGCAAUAUUCAGAUCCUCUUUGAAGAGAAGCACUACAAUAAGACCUGUGGCUUGUGUGGCAACUGGAAUCAAUUUGCUGAAGAUGACUUCAGGACUCAGGAAGGGACCCUUGUGGCAAACAGUUAUGAUUUUGCAAACUCCUGGGCUUUGCACAGUGAAAACAAGCGGUGCAAGAGAGUGCAGACUCCAAGCAACACUUGCAACAUCUCAUCUGAUAUUGCAGAGAAGGGUGUCAUGGAAACCUGCCAGCUGCUAAGAACAUCUUUGACCUUCUCCCGGUGCCACCAUCGAGUCGAUCCAGAGCCGUACAUCGAUCUGUGUGAAAGAGACAUCUGUUCCUGCAGCCAGCACGUGGACUGUCAUUGCUCAGUGUUCCUUGACUAUGCAAGGAGCUGUGCUCAUGAAGGAGUGAUUUUGGAUGGGUGGCCUGAAGAGAGCUCAUGCAGUCCAAGUUGUCCAGUUGGCAUGGAAUAUAAGGAAUGUGUAUCCCCUUGUGCCAGAACCUGCCAGAGCCUGAAUAUCAAUGAAGUGUGUCAUGGACAAUGUGUUGAUGGCUGCAGCUGCCCUGAGGGGAAGCUUCUUGAUGGUGAACACUGCACUGAAAGCUCUGACUGCUCCUGCAUCCACUCUGGAAAACAUUAUCCUCCUGGCUUCACCAUCUCCCAGGACUGCAACUCAUGCAUCUGUAGACGUGGCACCUGGAUCUGUAGCAAUGGGGAAUGCCCAGGAGAGUGCUCUGUCACUGGCCAGUCCCAUUUCAAAAGCUUUGACAACAAGUAUUUCACCUUCAGUGGCGUUUGUCAGUACCUAUUUGCCAAGGACUGUGUGGACAAUUCCUUCUCUGUGAUCAUCGAGACCGUGCAGUGUGCAGAUGAUCCUGAUGCUGUGUGCACUCGCUCAGCCUCUGUCCGAAUCCGGGAUAUGGACAACAGCCUCAUUAAAAUGAAACAUGGAGGAGGAGUUUCCCUGAAUGGACAAGACAUACAGAUCCCUUUACUGCAAGGUGCGCUCCGUGUCCAGCGCACAGUGAGGACUUCAGUUCGCCUUACCUACGGGGAGGACCUGCAGAUCGACUGGGAUGGCCACGGGGAACUCCUGCUGAAGCUCUCUGCAGUCUAUUCUGAAAGGAUGUGUGGGCUGUGUGGAAAUUACAAUGGGAACCAAGGGGAUGAUUUCCUCACACCUUCUGGCAUGGUGGAAGCACUUCUGGAAGAUUUUGGCAACUCCUGGAAGCUCAAUGCAGACUGCCAAAACUUGUUGAAACAAGACAGUGAUCCCUGCAAUCUCAACCCUCGUUUAGCCAAAUAUGCUGAGGACUCCUGCUCAGUCCUGAUGUCCUCUGCCUUUGAAUCCUGCCAUCAUGAAGUCAGCCCCACUCCCUACGUGAAGAACUGCCAGUUUGAUGUUUGCUCCUGCUCCAAUGGCCAGGAUUGCUUGUGCUCUGCCAUUGCUCAUUAUGCAGCAGCCUGUGCUAGGAAGGGUGUCCAGGUCCAGUGGAGAGCACCUGACUUCUGUCCAAUGACCUGUCCUGAAGGCCAAGUGUACCAACAGUGUGGGACACCAUGCAACCAGACCUGCAGAUCUCUGUCCUACCCGGAUGAAGCCUGUGAUGACCUCUGCAUGGAAGGAUGCUACUGUCCCCCUGGGCACUACCUGGAUGAGCACGAGCAGUGCGUGCCCAGGUCUCAGUGCUCCUGCUAUUAUGAUGGGGAGAUCUUCCAGCCAGAGGACAUCUUUUCAGAUCAUUACACCAUGUGCUAUUGUGAAAAUGGCUUCAUGCACUGCACGACCAGCAGAGUUCCUGGUGCCUUCCUGCCAGAUGCUUUUGUUGAUGACAGGCCAUCUGCCAGAAUCAAAAGGAGCUUGACGUGCAGAUACCCCAUGGAAAGAUUUGUCUGUCCUGCAAACAACCCAAGAGCUGAAGGGUUAGAGUGUGCCAAAACUUGCCAGAAUUAUGACUUGGAGUGCAUCAGCCAUGGCUGCAUAUCUGGAUGCCUCUGUCCAAAAGGGAUGGUACGACAUGAAAACAAGUGUGUUGCCCCCGAGAGGUGCCCGUGCUUUCACAAUGGGAGAGAAUAUGCCAAGGGAGAAACAGUGACUAAUGACUGCAACACCUGCGUGUGUCAGGGUCGAAAGUGGGAAUGCACCCAGAACGAAUGUGAUGGCACCUGUACUGUGAUUGGCACUGCUCACUAUGUGACCUUUGAUGGGCUGAAAUACAAGUUUCCAGGGAACUGUCAAUAUGUCUUAGUUCAGGAUUUCUGCAAGGAUAACUCUGGAACAUUCCGGAUACUGAUCUCAAAUGAAGGCUGUGGCUUCUCCGGAGAGAAGUGCACCAAAAGGGUUCUCAUUCUGUAUGGAGGUGGGGAAACAGAGUUGUUCAAUGGAAAUGUGAACAUCAGAGUACCUCCUAAUGCUGACAAUGAUAUAGAAGUGAUGAGAUCUGGCCGUUACUACAUCAUUUUACUGGGCAAAAGCAUCAGUGUGACCUGGGACCUGGCCAUGGGAGUCUCAGUUAUCUUAAAAGGCAAUUUCAAAGAUCAGGUGUGUGGUCUGUGUGGAAAUUUUGAUGGAAUCCAAAACAAUGAUUUGACCAGCAGCAAUGAACACCUUGAAGUAGAUCCAGCUGACUUUGGGAAUUCUUGGAAAGUGAAUCCAUACUGUGCUGAUGUUGAAAAGCCCAACCAGCAACAGACCUCAAUGUCUCCACUGUGUGAUGGGAACGCAGUGAAGCAGGUGAUGGUAGAAACAUCGUGCAGCAUUUUGGCUGGGGAGCUCUUUGAAGAAUGCAAUAAACUUGUAAAUCCUGAGCCCUACAUAGAUAUUUGCAUGUAUGACACCUGUGCUUGUGAAUCUAUUGGGGACUGUGCUUGCUUCUGUGAUGCCAUAGCAGCCUAUGCACACGUGUGUGCACAGAAAGGGGUUGCUGUCCACUGGAGGUCACCAGCCCUGUGCCCACAAAGCUGUCAGGAGCUGAAUAAACAGGAGUUAGAUUAUCAGUGUGAAUGGAGGUAUAACAGCUGUGGGCCUGCUUGUCCUACAACAUGCCAACACCCACAGCCUUUGGAGUGCCCUCUGCGGUGUGUGGAAGGAUGCCAUGUACACUGUCCUGCAGGGAAAAUACUUGAUGAGCUGUCCCUGGAUUGUGUCAGUCCUGAAGAAUGUCCAAUCUGUGAAGUUGAAGAUACCAAGAUCCCACAUGGAAAGAGAAUAGUUUUGAACAGAGAUGACCCACAGCACUGUCAGUCUUGUCUGUGUGAAGGAAAGAACUUAACCUGUGUAGCCUGUGAACCAGUGGAAGACACCCUGAUGCUGACAACACCUAUUCCAGAGGAGGACAUUGAACUACCCCCCAGCGAAUACUCCUGCAGCAAGAUGAUGGACUUGGCCUUCCUCAUGGAUGGCUCCAAUAAACUGUCAGAGGAAGACUUUGAACAGCUGAAGACUUUCAUAAUUGGCAUGAUGAGGAAACUCCACAUCUCCCAAAAGAAAAUCCGAGUGUCCAUUCUCGUCUAUAGGGCAGGCCCCACCAUCUAUCUCGGCCUUAAGGACGUCAAAAAACAAUCCCAGAUGAGAAAAAUUGUCCAGGGCAUAAAGUACACGGGGGAUGAAGUAGCAUCUGCCCCUGAAGUCCUGAAAUACACCGUGUUUCACGUGUUUGAGAAGGCAGAGCGGAGCAACGCCGCCAGGAUCGCCGUGCUCUUUAUCGCCAGCAAGUCUCCGGGGAAGCUCCGCAACAUCGUCACCGUUCUGAAGAACAAAAAGAUCGCAGUGCUGCCUGUGGGCAUCGGCCCCCACGUCAGCCUGGGGCAGAUCAGGUUCAUCGAAGAGCAGUCCCAGGAUAACAAAGCCUUCCUGGUGAACAACGUGGCAGAGCUGAUGGAGAGCAGGGAUCUCCUCAUCGAUCACCUCUGUGACCUUGGGCCUGAAGAAAGUUCUCUGUUGCAAUCGACGUCCGCCCCAACGUUAUCCAGCGUCUUAUUUCCCUCCUGGGGACUCACAGCACCACCCCCCCUUUCCAAAAAGUCCCCUGCCAAAAAGCUGGACAUUGCUUUCAUUGUGGAAGGAUCUGACCAUGUAGGGCAGGAAAACUUCAGCAUUGUCAAGACGUUCCUUGAGAGGGUGAUCACGGGGAUGGAUGUGGGGCAGGAGGAUGUUCAUGUCACAGUCAUGCAGUAUUCAGAGGCUGUCACUCUGGAGUAUUCCUUUAGGGAAACACAGUCAAAGGAAAGUAUUAUUGAGAAGGUGAGGAGCAUCCCCUACCAAGGAGGGAAGGCUACCAACACUGGGAAUGCUCUUGAUUAUAUUUCCAAGCACACUUUUACAGCAGUGAACGGGGGCAGGCAGGACGUCCCUCAUUUAGUCUACAUGGUGUCAUCCAGUCCUUCCACUGAUGUUAUCACACGACCUCCAAGCACCAUAAAUGUUAUUCCCAUAGGCAUAACUCCCAGUGUAAACAUCCAAGAGCUCAGGCAGAUCAGUCAGCCUAAUGACCCAAUUAUUUUGCAUAGUUAUAGUGCACUUCUUAAAGAAGCCCCUGAAUUAGUGCUGCAGUCGUGCUGCUCCCGUAAAGCCUGGACAGGAAUUCCAGAGUUGUGUAACAAACCAAUGGAUGUCAUGUUUCUUCUGGAUGGAAGUUCUAACAUUGGAGCAUCUGAAUUUGAGGAAAUGAAGAACUUUGUCCGGGCAUUUAUUGAAAGCGUUGAGAUCAGCAAUACUUCAAUUCAUGUGGCAGUUCUCCAGUAUGCCAGGGAAAACAAUCUAGAAAUUUCAUGGAACGUGCCUCAAGAGCCUGUAAGGCUGGUAGAGAUGCUGCACUCCAUCCAACAAAGGGAACAAGGUCCUACCAGACUGGGGGCAGCCAUCAAUUUUGUGGUCCAGAAUGCCAUGUCGGAAUCUCACGGAGGGAGACCCAGCGCAUCCAAGGUGGCCAUAGUCAUCGUGUCAGGGAGCUCAGAAGACACUCUGGAGGCUGCUGCACUUGCUGCAAGGAUGAACAGGGUAUCCCUGUUUCCAAUUGGAGUUGGGAGUGGAUAUGAUGAAGAGCAGCUAAGGACUUUGACUGGGCCAUCAGCUGCUAACAGAAUCAUGAAGCUUCAGAAUUUUGAAGACUUAUCCACCAUGAUCACUUUGAACAGUGAAUUUGUCAACAAAGUCUGCAUGGACCCUGUCAGAGAAUGCAUAGAUGAGGAUGGAAACAAAAAGAAACCUGGUGAUAAAUGGACAUUACCAGACCAGUGCCACACUGUGACAUGCUUUCCAGGAGAUUACACAGUUCUGGAGAGCCACCAAAUUAACUGUGAGAGGAUGCCAAAACCAGUUUGUCACAGCAAUCUUCCUGUCGUUAAGAUUGAAGAAACUUGUGGCUGCCGAUGGAUGUGUCCGUGUGUCUGUAUUGGGAGUUCAUCUCGACAUAUUGUCACUUUUGACGGGCUGAAUUUCAAGCUGACUGGUAACUGCUCCUACACCUUGUUUCAAGACAAGGAACAUGAUGUUGAAGUUCUGCUCCAUGAAGGGCCAUGCAGAGCAAUGCCAAAGAUGAGCUGUAUGGACUCCAUUGAAGUGAAACACCAUGGUGUAUCUGCUCAGCUCUUCAGUGACAUGGCAGUGGCUGUUAAUGGUGAAAGGGUUCAGAUCCCUUAUUCUAGCAGUCUGUUUGAAGUCAACAUCUAUGGAGCAAUAAUGCAUGAAAUCAAGUUCUCCUCUCUUGGACAUAAUCUCACAUUUACUCCAAGAAACAACGAAUUCAUUCUUAAACUUAAUUCCAAGAGCUUUUCUUCAGGAACACAAGGGCUUUGUGGGGUGUGUGACCAGAACCAUGUCAACGACUUCACGCUACGUGACGGGUCCGUCACUUCUGACAGCAGCCUGUUUAUCCAGGACUGGACAGUGGGAAAGCCAGGGAAGAGCUGUGAAAUGUGGAGAGAAGACAGGUGCUCUGAGCAUGCAUCCAGCCUCUGCCAGUUUCUGCUCUCCCAUCAGUUUGCAGAGUGCCACCCGGUGAUCCCCCCCAACAUGUUCUACGAGGCCUGCGAAGAGAGCAGCUGCUACGAGGAUGAAGCCUGUGAAAUGAUCAACUCCUAUGCUCACAUCUGCAGGGAGAAUGGGGUCUGCAUAGACUGGAGGACACCUGAGAUUUGUCCAAUGAAAUGUCCCACAUACUUGACAUAUGAUCACUGCCACAAAGCCUGCAUAAAGCACUGUGAGAACAGCACCAAAUUGAGUGUCUGCAAGGAUUAUCCCACAGAAGGCUGCUUCUGCCCAGACGGACAGGUGACUUUCAAUGACAGCUGUGUGGCUGAAGAAGUCUGCACACAGUGCACCAGUGAGGAUGGCAGCCACCACCAGCACAUGGAAACGUGGAUUCCUGCCAACGAGCCUUGCAAGAUUUGCACAUGUCUGGAUAACAAGAAAAUCAACUGCUCUGUCCAGCCUUGCCCUGCUGCCAAAUCUGUUCAGUGUGGUCCCUGUGAAGUCCCUCGUCUGCGCAGGGACAGCAGCCAGUGCUGCCCUGAGUUUGAAUGUGUCUGUGAUCUGGUUUCCUGUGAUUUGCCUCCUGUCCCUGCCUGUGAGUUUGGCCUGCAGCUGGCUCUAACCAACCCUGGAGAAUGCAGACCAAAUUAUACAUGUGCAUGUAACAGAGAAGCGUGCAGCACAGUUCAGAGACCUUCCUGCCCACCUCAUCGAGAGCUGACUGUCAAGAAGACUGAGUGCUGUGACAACUAUGAGUGCACCUGCAACUGCACAAACUCAACCCUGACCUGCCCUCUGGGAUACCUCUCCAGAUCUCUCACCAACGACUGUGGCUGUGUGUCUACCACCUGCAUUCCAGGCAGGGUGUGUGUGCACAACAACAUCGUCUACCCCAUCAGGACAACCUGGGAAGAUGGUUGCAGGGAGUGCUCUUGCACUGAUGUGAGGGAUGAUGUUACAGGACUUCAGGUGAUGGAGUGUCAUGACAAAGCAUGCAACACGUUCUGCUCUCGGGGUUACAAGUACACAGUCCAAGAGGGAGAGUGUUGUGGGAGAUGCCAGAAGACUGCCUGUGAGGAGCAGCUGUUCUGGUCUCGGGGUGAUGCAGAUUCUCAUUUGCAUGAGAUUGGCACGGAGUGGAGAUCCCCCUUCAACCCUUGUGUCAUCAAUGAGUGUGUCCGGGUGAACAACGAGGUCUUCGUGCAGCAGAAGAAUCUUUCUUGCUCUCAGAUGGAUGUUCCUGACUGUCCAGAGGGAACUGAGCUACGUUGUGACCAAGUGAUAGACUGCUGCCCUUCCUGCAGAUGUGUCCCUCUCAAUGGAUGUCCUUUGAAUGGCACUGUUAUUGGGCCCUGGAGACGCCUGAUGGUGGAUCAGUGCACGACCUGCCUCUGCUCUGCCCAGUCCACGUCUUCUCGGAGAUACACCCUGACCUGCACCAAGCUCACCUGUGAGCCCUGCCCCAUAAAUUACAGAAGACAGGACAUCUCUGGCUCUUGCUGUGGAAGGUGUGUGCCAACUGCAUGCAGUGUCAGGCUGAGAGAUGGAAGGAUUAAAUUCCUGAAGUCAAAUGAAUCACUUCAGGACGGCUGUGACAGUCACUCCUGCAAAGUAAAUGAGAAAGGGGAAUUUAUCUGGGAGAGAAGAAUCACUGGCUGUCCUCCCUUUGAUUCCAGAAGAUGCUUGGCUGAAGGAGGCAGGAUUGCAAAAAUUGGCAGUACCUGCUGUGACACAUGUGUGGAAGUGGAAUGUCGCCCAGUAAGCACCAGACUGCAGUAUGGGAAUGUCAAUGGCUGUGUGGCUGAGAAGGAGGUGCCAAUAUCUCAUUGUGAGGGCAAGUGCAGAAGCAACACCAGAUACUCUGCUGAGAGAGGGCAGUGGGAGGAUGUGUGCAGCUGCUGCACAGCCACCCAAACCACCAUGGUGACCAUCCCCCUGCGGUGUGCCAACGGGACAGUGGUGCAGCAUUACAUCCCCUCUGCCUCGCAGUGUGAGUGCCUCUCCCGCAAGUGUACAGAAUAAAGAUCCCCCAAGAACUGUCCUCUCAAGCCUGAUGGUGAAGGAACUUCACAGUGCAAGCCUCAUUACUCUCUGUAGACAGCUUUAUCCAGUAGAAUCCUAAACUAAUGGUAUCAACAUAGCAAGCAAUAAAACU